UGUUAAAUAGGGCAUUGUUUACACUAUAUAUACCGCUAUUCAAAACAGAAAAUUUCGUACCUACGAUUUUUUCAGAAAAUGCCGCCUAAAUGCCCACUGUGUACCGGUAACGGGUAAUGGAAAUCCGUUCCCCAUUACUUGCUGCUACUAGUAACAGGUAACCAUAGGUACCAUAUACAGAUGGCGCCACAAUCAAUACGAAAAUAGCCGCCGGCUGAGGUCCCUAACGACAUCUAUCAUUGGAGACGGACUAUGACACCCAGUAUUUAGUGACUUCUAUCUAUAUCGAGCUCCGCAUCAUUCCCUUAUAUUUAUACCUCAAAUUAUUAUAUGAGGUAUUCCGGAGGUAUUCUCGGAUCCCUUUAUCGGUUACUAGUAACUGGUAACAAAUUUCCAUUUUCCGUUACCGGUAACAGGUAACGAAUUUUCAUUACUUUUCAGAGUACAGUAACGGGUACGUGUCACCCCCUAAUCACUGGGUUCAGCGUGAUCGAUUACAUAUGUUCCAUGCGAUUUCACGGCUACGCUAAGUGACAUAACCACAUAAAUAUCGAAAAAAUAAAACCCACUUCAAUUUUGAAUUUCUGGCACCUUAAAUUUGUCGAAAAACAAUUUAUUUUGCUCAAGAAAACUUAAUUAAAACUUUCUGUUGACCAAAACAAUCACAAGUCGAGCUCUGUCACUGUCUUUUGAGCUAUUAGGUCUAGCUACCUGCCGCUUCUUUUUUAGCACUAUUCUGGUUUACUCUUUCUUAUUUUAGGUUACGGUGACAUUACACCCCAAACACAUUGUGGGAGAGUUAUUGUUAUAUUAAUUGGUCUAUCUGGUGUAUUUUCAACUGCAUUAAUCUUUGGUAUUAUAAUACAAAAAUUAGAAUUAAAUCGUAGCCAAACAGCUGUACAUAAAUUUAUCGUAUUAAUUGGGUUAUCUAAAGAACAUAAACAUCAAUCAGCAAAUAUUGUAAAAUUUUCCAUAAAAUUAUGGCAUUUAAGAUACAUUUGCCGACGAAAUGGUGAUCGCAGUGUUGAUCGGAAUGCAAAUAC